CCGCGCGGGGUCGUGCUUAAUAUUCAAUGAUCUCGCUCGCGCCUCCCCCUCCUCUUCUCGCAGAAAUUCCACCGAGUCCGUUACUGGGCUCAGACUUUUAAGUUAAUUUACUGCCCCCCUACCUUGGCCAGUAACCAGCGCCUUUAGGGCUAGCCUCCCCCCAGCUCCUGCUUGAAAAAUGACAUUUCGCCGGUGUCUCCGGAGGGGGCUGAAUUUCACUUUGUAACUUUCUGCGGAACCCGAGCCCGGGUGGCAGCUCGGGUGGUGGUAUCGUAUGCAAAUACGCAUGCUGACGUUACAGAUCAUGUGGGUUUUGGCGUAGAUUCCCCACUGAUCGAGGCAUUUUUUUUCCCUUUUUUUUUUUUUUCCUUUUUUUUUCUUUUAAAAAUUUUGGCCACCGUUCUCCGUACGGGGGCUUUUUCUGUCUGUCUGUCUGACAGGCUGGCUUUCCCCCUCUUUCCCACCGAGCCCGAGCCGGGCGCCCGGUGGGGAGUGGGGAGUGGGUGGGGGGAGCCAGCAGAGUUCCAUUUUGGAACGCCCGUGCCGCGUCUCCGCGUUCCCAGCCCGGGUCCCCGCGUUCCCAGCCCCGGCGCAGGUCUGGACGUACCGACUGCUCUUGGAGUAAAAAGAUUCCCAGGAUGUGAGCAACACGGGACCGAUAUGAUGCUUCCUGGUGUGUUUAGUGGUUGGUGCCAUUGCAAUUUUCUGUGCUGAAAUCAUUCUGAAAACUCAAACAGUAGACUUCAGCAUACAAGGAAAGCCAAAGCCAUUUGAGGGGGAAUAAAGCCAAAAGCCCUUCACCUUAUUCGUUCCAAGAAUCUCACCAUCCCCUCCCUACCCCCCUCCAAAACUAAGCCAUUGCACACAGACAGGCAGCAUGGCUAGCAAACGAAAAUCUACAACUCCGUGCAUGGUUCGGACAUCACAAGUAGUAGAGCAAGAUGUGCCCGAGGAGGUAGACAGGGCCAAAGAGAAAGGAAUCAGCACACCACAGCCUGACGUGGCCAAGGACAGUUGGGCAGCAGAACUUGAAAACUCUUCCAAAGAAAAUGAAGUGAUAGAGGUGAAAUCUAUGGGAGAAAGCCAGUCCAAAAAACUUCAAGGUGGUUAUGAGUGCAAAUACUGCCCCUACUCCACGCAAAACCUGAACGAGUUCACGGAGCACGUCGACAUGCAGCAUCCCAACGUGAUUCUCAACCCCCUCUAUGUGUGUGCAGAAUGUAACUUCACAACCAAAAAGUACGACUCCCUGUCCGACCACAACUCCAAGUUCCAUCCCGGGGAGGCCAACUUCAAGCUGAAGUUAAUUAAGCGCAAUAAUCAAACUGUCUUGGAACAGUCCAUCGAAGCCGCCAACCAUGUCGUGUCCAUCACCACUAGCGGCCCUGGAACUGGUGACAGUGAUUCUGGGAUCUCGGUGAGUAAAACCCCCAUCAUGAAGCCCGGAAAACCAAAAGCGGAUGCCAAGAAGGUGCCCAAGAAGCCCGAGGAGAUCACCCCCGAGAACCACGUGGAAGGGACGGCCCGCCUGGUGACAGACACAGCUGAGAUCCUCUCGAGACUCGGAGGUGUGGAGCUCCUCCAAGACACAUUAGGACACGUCAUGCCUUCUGUACAGCUGCCACCAAAUAUCAACCUUGUGCCCAAGGUCCCCGUCCCACUAAAUACUACCAAAUACAACUCUGCCCUGGAUACAAAUGCCACGAUGAUCAACUCUUUCAACAAGUUUCCUUACCCGACCCAGGCUGAGUUGUCCUGGCUGACGGCUGCCUCCAAACACCCAGAGGAGCACAUCAGAAUCUGGUUUGCCACCCAGCGCUUAAAGCACGGCAUCAGCUGGUCCCCAGAAGAGGUAGAGGAGGCCCGGAAAAAGAUGUUCAAUGGCACCAUCCAGUCAGUACCCCCGACCAUCACUGUGCUGCCCGCCCAGUUGGCCCCCACAAAGGUGACGCAGCCCAUCCUCCAGACGGCUCUACCGUGCCAGAUCCUCGGCCAGACUAGCCUGGUGCUGACUCAGGUGACCAGCGGGUCAACAACCGUCUCUUGCUCCCCCAUCACGCUUGCCGUGGCAGGAGUCACCAACCACGGCCAGAAGAGACCCUUGGUGACUCCCCAAGCUGCCCCCGAGCCCAAGCGUCCACACAUCGCUCAGGUGCCAGAGCCCCCACCCAAGGUGGCCAACCCCCCGCCCACGCCAGCCAGUGACCGCAAGAAGACAAAGGAGCAGAUAGCACAUCUCAAGGCCAGCUUUCUCCAGAGCCAGUUCCCCGAUGAUGCUGAGGUUUACCGGCUUAUCGAGGUGACUGGCCUUGCCAGGAGCGAGAUCAAGAAGUGGUUCAGUGACCACCGGUAUCGGUGUCAAAGGGGCAUCGUCCACAUCACCAGCGAAUCCCUUGCCAAAGACCAGUUGGCCAUCGCAGCCUCCCGACACGGUCGCACCUACCAUGCAUACCCGGACUUUGCCCCUCAGAAGUUCAAAGAGAAAACACAGGGUCAGGUGAAAAUCUUGGAAGACAGCUUUUUGAAAAGUUCUUUUCCUACCCAAGCAGAACUGGAUCGGCUAAGGGUGGAGACCAAGCUGAGCAGGAGAGAGAUCGACUCCUGGUUCUCGGAGAGGCGGAAGCUUCGAGACAGCAUGGAACAAGCUGUCUUAGAUUCCAUGGGGUCUGGCAAAAAAGGCCAAGAUGCGGGAGCCCCCAACGGUGCUCUGUCUCGACUCGACCAGCUCUCUGGUGCCCAGUUAACCAGUUCUCUGCCCAGCCCUUCGCCAGCAAUUGCAAAAAGUCAAGAACAGGUUCAUCUCCUGAGGAGCACGUUUGCAAGAACCCAGUGGCCUACUCCCCAGGAGUACGACCAGUUAGCGGCCAAGACGGGCCUGGUCCGAACUGAGAUAGUGCGUUGGUUCAAGGAGAACAGAUGCUUGCUGAAAACAGGAACCGUGAAGUGGAUGGAGCAGUACCAGCACCAGCCCGUGGCAGAUGAUCACGGCUACGAUGCCGUAGCAAGGAAAGCAACAAAACCCAUCGCCGAGAGCCCAAAGAACGGGGGUGACGUGGUUCCACAAUAUUACAAGGACCCCAAAAAACUCUGCGAGGAGGACUUGGAGAAGUUGGUACCCAGGGUAAAAGUAGGCAGCGAGCCAGCAAAAGACUGUUUGCCAGCAAAGCCCUCAGAGGCCACCUCAGACCGGUCAGAAGGCAGCAGCCGGGACGGCCAGGGCAGCGACGAGAACGAGGAGUCGAGCGUUGUGGAUUACGUGGAGGUGACGGUCGGGGAGGAGGAUGCCAUCUCAGAUAGAUCAGAUAGCUGGAGUCAGGCUGCAGCAGAAGGCGCGGUGGAACUGGCCGAAUCGGACUCCGACUGCGUCCCUGCAGAGGCUGGCCAGGCCUAGACAGGGAAGUCAGUUAGAACUGCUGUGCUGAUCAAGGGGAUGCUCUGUCUUUGAAGAAAGAAGAAAUGGUCCCUCCCCAGCCAUGGGCCACCCUCGCCAGUGACUCCAAGUGGAACUGCUUAGCUCGUGUGUGCCUGGAGGGUGCAGAAGCCCAGCGACUCUCAGACGCACCUCCCAGAGGACCGGUGGGAAUUGUUCAUAGUGCCAAAGCCCUACUACUGCGUUUUCAAUGGGUCCUUGUACAUAGUUUGCUCCUCUGCCCUAGCCCUCACCUCUUGCUAUACUGGAACUGAUUUGUACAAUAUGGGAAUUUUGUUACCUUUUUAAUCAAGGGCAACUUCCUUUUCCAGCACUACCAUUGUAAGGAUUUUUUCAGGAGGGAGGGCUAACCACCUUGCUUUUCUCUUUUCUCCUUUUCUUUUUUUAUUUCUGUUUUAUUAAUUUGGGGAAAGGGGUGUUAGUAUUAGUGCCAUGAUAUCUACUGGAUUUUAAGUAGGGAGACUUUAUUUUUAAAGGUAGGUUGAAAUUUGGGAGAUUUCUCGGCAGGAAGGGCUGAAAUCCAGGCCUCUAUCUCAACCUGGAGAGAGGUGACAGACGACAGAUCCUCCAAAUCAAAUUCCUUUCCAGUUCUUCCCCUGGCUGCCUUUUUGGGGGGUCCCUGCCUUACUCCCACAGAAGGCUUUAUGAACUGCCAAGAGGGGAUCUGGCUUCGCAAAUUCUUGGCCUCUUGGGCCAGGCUGUAUCCAGCCAGCCCUGGGAGAACUGGGUAGCAGGUGGCUGACUUCUUUAAGCACCUUUCUAAAUACCAGCAGAAGAGGCUCCUGCCUCUGUUAGUAUGAUCAGUACUAUUGUGACAUUAAAACAACAACAAUAAGAUCUUCCUAUCUGGAGGGUACAAAGGUGAAUGACUUUGGUUUUCAUUUCUCUUCUUCACUGCCUUUUCUCGGUGUGGUAUUUGACAAGAUUUUAGCUCAAAGCCUCACCAUGAAUUGAUUUUUUUGUUUGUGUGUGUGUUUGUUUUGGGAAAAUUUUAGAUACCUGAGUGCACUUUUUUUCAGUUAGUCCUACCUUUUAAAAGAAGGAAAACCAAGAGACAUAUCUGGUGUACAUGUUGCAAUAUGAAUUCUGGUUGCAAUCCCUCCCCCGUCCCACAUUGCCCCCCAUUUGAGUACACCGCACAAGUCAAAUGCUAGGAAGUUUGAAUAAAACCAAUUUUUCUAACUUGUCGCUCAUUUGUUGUAACUCAAUAAAGCAAAGACUAAACAUUUUUAUAACCU